AUGUCUACUAUCCCCUCUGAAAUCAUCAAUUGGACCAUCUUAAAUGAGAUCAUAUCAAUGGAUGAUGAUGAUUCCGACUUUUCUAAAGGUUUAAUCAUUCAAUUCAUCGAUCAGGCACAAACAACGUUUGCUCAGAUGCAACGACAGUUGGAUGGUGAAAAAAAUCUCACAGAACUAGACAAUCUGGGCCAUUUCUUAAAGGGUUCUUCGGCUGCUUUAGGAUUACAAAGAAUUGCCUGGGUUUGUGAAAGAAUCCAGAAUUUGGGGAGAAAAUUGGAGCAUUUCUUCCCCAAUAAAAUCGAACUGGUCAAUACUUUAAGCGAUAAAUCGAUAACCAACGGAAUCAACAUUGAUGAAGAUGACGAGGAAAUAACAAUACAAGCCGACGAUAAAGACAACGACUCCAUAUAUCUGAUUUUGAUAGCCAAAGCUUUGAAUCAAUCUAGGCUAGAAUUCAAACUGGCGAGAAUUGAAUUGUCCAAAUACUAUAACACAAACCUGUGA